CCUCCCCUGCCCCCUAGGUCGACUCAGCCACAAAUGAGUACCUGCUAGCGCGGUACACAUCAGGAGCGGGGAGACAAGAGCAGGCCGGGCGUGGUGCUGGUCUCCCACCACCCCCUCUCACGUAUCGAGCCGGCAUUCACAGGUGCUCCUCGCUAACAGCACUUGGCCCAACAGUCUCGCUUAAAGCUAUACGGGGAUGAGUGCGGAGGGGGUUCUUUGUGUGCGUGGAAGAGAGAGGGCUCUGGCAGUGGCUCCAAGGGCCGGGUUCGGGGUUGUGGACAGCACGUGGCGUGCGUUUUGACGCCCGCGACACGCAAGGAACGUUUCCGACAGCGUUCACCUCCCCCAGUGGAAGAGGCGAGAGAGAGAGAUGACAUUCGCGCAGCCGCGCGUCAUCAUUUGAUUACUUUUUUGCAUAUUAUAAACAAGACAAACCACGAAGAACACAAGCAGAGAAUUGUAACGAGCGCGGCUCGAUACGUAACCCCAAAGCUGCCUUCGUAGCUGUGUCCCCGUAUGUCUGUUCGUUUUAUUUCGUCCCCCAAAGACGUUAAAAGGGAUUUGUAGGCAUCGCACAGCCUUGGUACUGUCGUGGUUAUUAGUAUAGGAGUAAUACUCGCAGUCGGAGCAGCAGCAGUAAUUAUUCACGCGGAACAAGUUCCCGCCCCCCCUCCCACCACCUUAUCAGCCGGGGCUGGUGGGAUCGUGACGUGCUCGGCUCUGCGCAAUCAUUGCCCAGCUACCGCCUACGGUGCGAGCUGAACUUGUCACGCCAAAUGAUCCGCGGUCUUCCAACAGCAGCAGCAACAAACUCAUCAUCAUCAUCCUCCUCCCCCGGGUGGUGUCCGGGUCCUCCUUCUCCAGCCUCUCUCUCUGUCUUGGUCCGCGUAUCAUUCAUUCAUUAGUUAUUCGACAACUGGGUAGGAGGAGGAGGAAGGAGUGAGUCGUAGCAGCAGCAGCAGCAGACGCGUCCGGAUUUGCUGGUUGUUUCGCAGCUCGUAAGUCGAACACAGGAUUUGCUGCGUGAACACGGCGCCGAUUUUUCGGUGGCGGUUCGUAGAGUUUUGGAGGUUUCAAGAAAAAAACACAAACAAUAUAUCUUUUGGCUUUCAACGUUAAGCCUGCGCACACGCGCAUGUGUGCUCGCGUUAUUGGAAGCGCAUUGAAAGCGUGAAGAGCUUCGGGGCAAAGUGAAGGCACGUGUGCCGGGAACGACAAAGGCAGGUAGUGAUAGGUGGGUAGGUGUAGCCGGUGCACGCACGCGUAGUCACCGCCGCUCUCUAUAGUAGCUGGGUAGGUGUAAACUCAUCCGGCUUGCUAAAUAAACUCCACCGCCGAAGCCGAGAUGGCUGAGACCACGGCUCCUCCGCGGCGAGACGAAGUGGUAGAUGCGCAAUAUCACCACCACCAUCAGCAGCAGCAGGAGGAUCAGAAGGGCGACUGCAGCGAGCAGGAACUCCUUGAGCUGCUCCGCCAGAAGGACUCGGAGCUGGUGAUGGCUGCCGAGCUGGGAAAGGCUCUGCUAGAGAGCAACCAAGAACUUCGCAGGACCAAGGAGAUCCAGCAGGCCGAGCUGGGCGAGAGGAUGGAGCGCCUGGAGCAAGAGCGUCAUGGUGCGGUGAGGCGGCUGGAGGUGCGGGAGAGCGAGUGGGAGGGCCGCGUCGCCGAGCUGGAGGUGGAGCUGGCCCACGUGCGCCAGGAGCUGGACAGGAAGCAGCAGGGCAGCCUGGAGACUGACCGUGAGAAGUCGCGGGCGCUGCGCGAGCUCAGCGAGCAGAACCAACGGCUCCUGCAGCAGAUCGUGGCGGCGGGAGAAACAGAAACGCGGCUGUCGGCUGAGCUGACCAAACUACGGGAGGAAUUCCGCGAGAGGACCCGCGCCGCCGGGGUGCACGCGCUCAAAGAGACGUCCCUACAUUCAGAGCUGCGAGUGCUUCUGGAGCGGCGGCGUGAGCUGGAGUGCAGGGUGUCUGCCCUGCAGGAGGAGAACGCCGCCACGCAGGGAGAGCUGGACGAGGCGCUCGCCCGCUCGGCCAUGCUCGAGCGACAGGCUCACGGAGCGCAGGUGCAGCUGUCCCAGCUGCAGGCGGAGCGCCGGGAAACCAGCGACUCGCCCCGGUGUCCUGCACGCAGGAGAGGGAGCGUGUCCGAGAGGGACCAGGGUGGGGACGUCAACAACAUGUCCCUACUCUCGGAGAUCGAGCACAGCAUGGAGAGGGAACAGUUCCAGCAGGACAUCCAGAGCGUCUACGGCCAGCUGCAGUUCCUGUGCGAGCAGCUCAAGGGGGGCGACCCGAGGCUCAAGCUGGAUAGGAAAGCGAGCGGCGAGGUGGCGGCCGCGGGGCGAGCGGCGCCCGAGCGCUGGACGGGCAGCGACGUAGCGGCGUGGGCGGAGAGCGAGCGAUGGCCGGCGAGCGACGCGGUCGACUCGGGCGUGGAGACGGACGUCUCGGUAGCGGAGAGCACCGGCAGCGAGGCCACCCCCGAGGGGCUGCACGCCGCGGUCGACGAGCUCAAGGCGCUCAUCCGCAACCUGUGCGACAGCGACCUGCAGCUGGUACGGGAGCAGAACCUUCAAGUUCAGCUGCGGAGUGCCUUCUCAGAGCUGGAAACUCUCCGUCAAGAGAGGGAGCGUGACGGAGAGGAGCUGCGCAUCUAUAAAGAAAAAGCACAGUGCCUGCAGAGCGAGCUGGAGGCCCAAGCAGAAGAGCUACGAGAGGCCCGGGAGGAGUGCAAGGGGCUGCAUACCGUGCUGGCGGGGCUGCCUUGGGACGACGGCUUGAGGAAGGCCUUAAGAGAGCGUGACGAGGCCAUUGCAAAGAAACAGGGGGUCGAGGUGGAGCUGGAGAGAUGUCGAGAGGACAUGGUGACAUUGAGUAACCAGCUUCUGGAGGCCAUUCAGCAGAAGGUUGACCUGUCACAGCAGCUCGAGGCUUGGCAGGAUGACAUGCAGAUGGUCAUCGGUGAGCAGCUCAAGGAGCAACACCGCAAAGACAUGGCUCGUCACGUGUCUGCUGGGUCUCUCCGAACGAAAACUGUUCCUCAGGACACCAAGGGAUUCUUCCUCUCCUUCCUGAAGAACAUUUGAGCCCAGACUUUUUUGGGCUGCUGUGUGAUGCGUGUAGGGCUUCAAGUGCAAUUGCUGGAACACGACCGUUUGUUUUCGUCAACGUGGGGGGGGGGGGUUCUAACGAUGCUGUUGCAUCGAAAAAAAUCACACUAUGGAAAAUGUAUAUAUUUUUACUAUUCCAGGACUCAAAACGCAUUUCACAAACAACAAAAUAAAAAUUUGAAGGGUGCAGUGGCUGAUGCAGGUCUCUGAAAAUCCUGCUGGUUUCCAGAAUCAGAAUCCCUCUCUUUAAUUUAGACUGGAGGAAUCCGAUGAGCUAUGAAGCUCUUUUUCACAGGUGUCCAGAAGAUAUCCAGUUCGUAAAUGCUUUGCCUUUCAUCUUAGGUAUGGUGCAAAAGAAGUUCAACAUACAUACACCUUGGAGGCAUGGAAUAUGGCGCUGUCUAUGGAGUUAUUUUCAAAGUAUGCACUUAAAUGUGGAACACUGUGUACAUGAAUAAUAAUAUUUUGCUAACCAAUGUUAUAAACGAUACAAUUUAAUCAUUUUGUUAACAAAAGCAACAAUACGAAAUCCCUAACUUUUGAUAUGCUCAACAAUAUUUAUUUGUCUUGUGCUACACCUGACAUUCCUCUGUGCUUGCAAUAUUACAUGUUUAGAUUAUAUAAUAUUUAUGUUACUUACACUGCAGGUUUCAAGGUCAAGUUUAUAAUAUGUAUAUACAAUGAGUAUGUGGAGUUGUGCGUUUGUUUGUGUACAUUGGGAUUCAAUACUGAACGGCUAACCCCGUGGAUCCUACAUCAUUUGAAACAAGUGACCUAUUCAUUUAAGGAAAGGGUUUUGGUGAAAUGAAACAACAGGAAAAUUGCACACGCUGCAUUUUUUUUAAUAUCGCAUUUGAUGUAAAGAUCGCUUACUGCUGAGCAAUAAUUUGGCAAAAAUUGUAAUUCUAGAUUUAAAGCUUUCGUGACUGCUAGGAUCCAUACUCUUUGGUUCUAUUGGGUAAAGUCACGUAGGUGAAAAUAAAAU